GCUCUUCCAUUUACGUGAUGAAAAAUGAAAACAACACUAAAGCGUAAAAUGUAAUUUUUAAAAUGUCUCACAACUUUACAUGCAUGCUACAUUUAGAAUAACGUCUGUAUUUACAGCGUUCUCUGUCUCCAUACGCCCCUAACUCUGCAGACGCCCUAAACAGUGUCUAUCGGAUCACCCUCAGCUUGGGUCAAACGCUCCUCUUCUCGGCUUUUCGGGCACAACUCUAUCUCAACAUUCACCAUCUUAAAAUGACCAGACUGCAGAUUUGCCUCUCCCACCAGGGUGGGAGCUGCCGAAGUGGCGAGAACAGCGUUUCCGUCGAUCGAGCGCCAGACCACCAGUCAGCUCCAGGCCUAUCUUGAAUGGAAGUAAAAGCUCCUCCCUAGACGGCCAGGGCAGUUCUUUAAAAAGCGGCUCCCUUCCCGCACAGGAAAUACGACUGGUUCACUUCUAUCAAGGGUUGGCGCUGGGAUAAGAGUGAAAUAUCAGCUGGCCCUGAACAAGGAGAUUCUUUCUCUGAAUUCCCGGAUCCAAUAACGUGACCCAGCGCCGAGACUCCCAGGAAAACCAGCCGAUUGAGCGCAGCUGAGGAGAUUACUGACAGCGGAAGUCACGUGAGCGGCUUCCCCUGAACUCACUAUAUCGGCAGUCGACUAUUCAGCCUUGCAGGCGCCUCUGGCGGGCUUCGCUGAGAUCCGCUCUUUCGGUGCUCGACUCGCCCGUGCUGCUACCGCCGCCGAAGGAGGGGCAAAGCUCAAGAUGGCGGACAAAACGCCAGGCGGCUCUCAGAAGGCCAGUUCAAAGACGAGAUCAUCAGAUGUUCAUUCAUCUGGAUCUUCAGAUGCACAUAUGGAUGCAUCUGGACCCUCAGAUAGUGAUAUGCCAAGUCGGACACGACCUAAGAGCCCAAGAAAACAUAAUUAUAGGAAUGAAAGUGCCCGCGAAAGCCUUUGUGAUUCUCCUCACCAGAAUCUCUCAAGACCUCUUCUGGAAAACAAACUUAAAGCAUUCAGUAUUGGAAAAAUGAGUACAGCUAAGCGAACUUUAAGUAAAAAGGAACAGGAAGAAUUAAAGAAAAAGGAGGAUGAAAAGGCAGCUGCUGAGAUUUAUGAGGAAUUUCUUGCUGCUUUUGAAGGAAGCGAUGGUAAUAAGGUGAAAACAUUUGUGCGAGGGGGUGUCGUUAAUGCAGCUAAAGAAGAACAUGAAACAGAUGAAAAAAGAGGUAAAAUCUAUAAGCCGUCUUCAAGAUUUGCAGAUCAAAAAAAUCCUCCAAAUCAGUCUUCCAAUGAAAGACCACCAUCUCUUCUUGUGAUAGAAACCAAAAAACCUCCACUUAAAAAAGGAGAGAAAGAAAAGAAAAAAAGCAAUUUGGAGCUCUUCAAAGAAGAAUUAAAGCAAAUUCAAGAAGAGCGUGAUGAGAGACAUAAAACAAAAGGCAGAUUAAGUCGAUUUGAACCUCCUCAAUCAGAUUCUGAUGGUCAGCGUCGUUCUAUGGACGCGCCUUCAAGGAGAAAUAGAUCAUCUGGUGUUCUUGAUGAUUACGCACCUGGCUCACAUGAUGUAGGAGAUCCAAGCACUACUAAUUUAUACCUUGGAAACAUUAAUCCACAGAUGAAUGAAGAAAUGCUGUGCCAAGAAUUUGGACGAUUUGGACCGUUAGCCAGUGUGAAAAUUAUGUGGCCUAGAACUGAUGAAGAAAGAGCCAGAGAGAGAAAUUGUGGCUUUGUGGCCUUUAUGAAUAGAAGAGAUGCUGAAAGAGCUUUAAAAAAUUUGAAUGGAAAAAUGAUUAUGUCUUUUGAAAUGAAGUUAGGUUGGGGUAAAGCUGUACCUAUUCCUCCACAUCCAAUAUACAUUCCGCCUUCUAUGAUGGAACAUACGCUUCCCCCACCUCCAUCCGGACUGCCUUUUAAUGCGCAGCCUAGAGAGCGGUUAAAAAACCCUAAUGCUCCUAUGUUACCACCACCUAAAAACAAAGAGGAUUUUGAGAAGGAAUUUGCUCGCCCUGAUACAUCGAAUGAUAGAGUUUGUUGUACGUGAAGGGCCAAUGUUUGAAGCUAUGAUUAUGAACAGAGAAAUCAACAAUCCUAUGUUCAGGUUCUUAUUUGAAAACCAGACACCAGCCCAUGUUUACUAUAGGUGGAAGCUUUAUUCUAUUCUGCAGGGAGAUUCUCCAACUAAAUGGCGGACAGAAGAUUUUCGUAUGUUCAAAAAUGGAUCUUUUUGGAGGCCACCACCAUUAAAUCCAUAUUUGCAUGGAAUGUCAGAAGAGCAAGAAACAGAAGCUUUUGUAGAGGAACCUAGUAAAAAGGGAGCACUUAAAGAAGAACAGAGGGAUAAAUUGGAAGAAAUCUUGCGGGGAUUAACUCCAAGGAAAAAUGAUAUUGGAGAUGCAAUGGUUUUCUGUCUUAAUAAUGCUGAAGCUGCUGAAGAAAUAGUGGAUUGCAUUACUGAGUCAUUGUCCAUCUUAAAGACACCCCUUCCUAAAAAGAUUGCCAGAUUAUAUUUGGUUUCUGAUGUUUUGUACAACUCUUCAGCCAAAGUUGCUAAUGCUUCAUAUUAUAGAAAAUUUUUUGAAACAAAGUUAUGUCAGAUAUUUUCAGACCUCAAUGCCACCUAUCGUACAAUUCAAGGUCAUUUACAAUCUGAAAACUUUAAGCAACGGGUAAUGACUUGCUUCAGAGCAUGGGAAGAUUGGGCAAUUUAUCCAGAACCAUUUUUGAUCAAACUACAAAAUAUUUUCUUAGGACUUGUAAAUAUUAUUGAAGAAAAGGAAACAGAGGAUGUACCAGAUGACCUUGAUGGUGCCCCCAUCGAGGAAGAGCUUGAUGGUGCACCUCUGGAAGAUGUAGAUGGAAUUCCUAUUGAUGCUACUCCCAUCGAUGAUCUUGAUGGAGUCCCUAUAAAAAGUCUUGAUGAUGAUCUUGAUGGAGUGCCUUUGGAUGCAACCGAAGACUCAAAGAAGAAUGAGCCUAUAUUUAAAGUUGCCCCAUCAAAAUGGGAAGCUGUGGAUGAAUCUGAAUUGGAAGCACAGGCUGUUACAACUUCUAAAUGGGAAUUAUUUGACCAGCAUGAAGAAUCAGAAGAAGAAGAAAAUCAAAAUCAAGAAGAAGAAAGUGAAGAUGAAGAAGAUACUCAGAGUUCCAAAUCUGAAGAACAUCAUUUGUACUCUAAUCCAAUCAAAGAAGAAAUGACUGAGUCCAAGUUCUCUAAGUACUCUGAAAUGAGUGAGGAGAAACGAGCCAAACUUCGUGAAAUUGAGCUCAAAGUUAUGAAGUUUCAGGAUGAACUGGAAUCUGGAAAAAGACCUAAAAAACCAGGCCAGAGUUUUCAGGAGCAAGUAGAACACUACAGAGAUAAACUUCUUCAACGAGAGAAAGAGAAAGAGUUAGAAAGAGAACGAGAAAGAGACAAGAAAGAUAAGGAAAAAUUAGAAUCUCGCUCCAAAGACAAGAAAGAAAAAGAUGAGUGUACUCCAACAAGGAAGGAAAGGAAGAGGCGACACAGUACAUCCCCCAGCCCAUCUCGCAGUAGCAGUGGUAGACGAGUGAAAUCCCCAUCACCAAAAUCGGAGCGAUCAGAGCGUUCAGAAAGAUCUCAUAAAGAGAGCUCACGGUCCAGGUCAUCUCACAAAGAUUCUCCUAGAGAUGUUAGCAAAAAAGCCAAAAGAUCACCAUCUGGUUCAAGGACACCUAAAAGGUCUAGGCGGUCACGAUCUAGAUCCCCUAAAAAAUCAGGGAAGAAGUCCAGAUCCCAGUCCAGAUCUCCACACAGGUCUCAUAAAAAGUCAAAGAAAAACAAACACUGACGUAAAUUUUUAAGAUGCUGUCACUUAUUGGAAAUGCCAUUUGUUUUGUGCCUGAACGGUCUGUUUUUUAAAAAAACAAAAACAAAAAAUCAAAUGAAAGAGCAUUCCUGGGGUUUUUUGUUUGUUUGUUUGUGAAUGCAUGUGUAAACUCAUGAGUAACUGCAUCUGUAGAUCUGUCAUUGUUUUAUAUUGUGUAAAUUACUUUCAUUGUGGCUAUUUCUCAAAGGUGAAAUUUUAUUGUGCUAAUGAAUUUCAUCAGAAAUGUGUAUAAUGGAUCUGCUGGCAGUAGUAAUAUUUUGUUUUAGGAUGUUGUGACUUAGCAAAAAUAGUACAGAUGUCUUCCCCCCUUUUGUAGCUUUGAAAAUUUGAAUUAGAUUUCAAAUAAAAUCUGAACAGAAAACUAUAAUGUUGUUUUUUUGCCCCGCUGGUGAUACUAAGUCCCUUAAAGUCCUACUGAGUUUCGUACUACUGUUGUGUUUCAUAAACCUGAUGCACUUUAUAAGCUCCAGUGUUAAAGUAGCUUAAGUUUUUUAUUUACAAAGAUGACUAUCCAAAUUAAGGGACCUGAAACUCCUAUUUGAUGGUUUGCUAACCAUUUUCUUUGAUAAGUUUCUCUUGGGUAAUACUAAUACCCAGAUAGCAAAAGACUAGGCAGAUAUGGCAUGGUGUUUUGUUAGUGGGAUGCCUGGAUAAAACAUUUUUUCACAGAAGCAAUAUGUAUUCCAUACAUCCAACCCAUGUUGUGAGUAACUACUUACUUUUAGGGGAAAAUUAAAUAUCUUCUUCAUUUCCUCUUCUAUCAUGAAAGGAGUUUAUUUGUAAAAGAAAUUUUCUAACAAGGUUUGGCCAUAGAAUUCUCUUGUAUGAUAGUUGACUUUUUAUAAUCUUCUGUAGGCUGUCUUUCAAACACUGGCAUCAAAAUAUUUUUUUACAAGUUUCUGUUUAAACAGCUUAGUUGGUUUCCUCCCCACCCCUCAAGAGACUUGGGUUUAGUUAUAGCUUUAAGUAAAAUUUAAAAAUAAAAUGUUUUUCAGGAAACUUAGUAUCUAAUGGUUUGUAAAUUCAAGGUGCAAAAAAUUGAUCUAAACCAUUUACAGAGUUGAACUCUAUUAUGAAAAUAAAUUUGCUACGGUAUAAGGAAGAAAUAAAACUUGUGUAAUGUUGGUGGUCGUAAUAUUGCUACAAUUAUAAUAAAGGGUUAUGUAGAAUUGAACUGACA